AUGACCUCCUCCGCGGCAUACUCGGCGCACGACUCUCCAGACCACAAUGGAGCGCCUCGCCCCCGUAUGCCCACCCCCAAAAGCUCCGUCUACCGCUUCAAUUCCCACCAUGCCACCAUGCCGCUCGCCAUCCAGCCCACCUCCGGCGCCGCCAACUACUCGCGCAACAGCCCGACCUCCGCGCCCUCGCUGCUGGACUCGGCCGUCUCUCUCCAGACCACUCCCGAAAGCAUGCACCCUACCCGCAUAACGACCUCCUUCCCCGCGUCCUUCUCCCUGCCCGAGUCCUUCAUGUCCACCUCCGCCCCGGGGCCGACCUCCUCCCCGGGCUCCAACGCCAUGACCGACGCCAUGGCCCUCACCAAAUCUCCCAACCUGAUCCGACGUAUAUCCCGCGGCGCCCACAGCCGCCUCACUCGCCAGCGCGGCUCCGGCGCAAGCGCGCGCCGCGACCACAGCGCCGGUCCCGUUAUCAUGCGUAGGAGGAGCGACAGCCGGACCGCCUCGGAUCCGCGAGACGCUGCGUGGGAUGUGUCGGACUACGAUCUGGAGGGCCCGGACGAGGAGGCGAUUGAGGAUUCGGGCGAGGCAAUGGCUUCCCAGGAGAACAUGGUCAACGGCCUUGGUAUCACCGCCGGUCGGUCAGCUGGGGGCACAAUGACGGAAGGCGCGCCUACCCGCUCUCCCGUCCUCGAGCAGGGCACCUGGCUCACCAAGGUCACCAAGAAGAAAAUCCAGAGCAUGAGAUUUCGUCUGGACCUUGGCUCCGCGAAGGUUACGUGGGACCCAUCCCGACCCUCCAAGUCGUUUUACAUCGAUGACGUCCGCGAAAUCCGAAUUGGCAAGGAGGCCAGGAACUACCGUGAGGAAUUUCAGGUUUCCGCCGAUCACGAAGAGCGGUGGUUCACCAUCAUCUACUCGGACCCUUCAAUGUCCAAGGGGAGGUCCAUCAAGACCAUGCACCUCAUCGCACCUAAUAACUUCCUUUUCCAGCUCUGGACUGGUACCCUCGAAGAAGUCUCUCGUAGCCGCAUAGAGAUGAUGGCCGGUCUGGCGGGUACCGGCGAGAAGACAGCAAAAGCGUUGUGGAAGCGGACCUUUGAUCACGCCAGAGGGCACGAAAUUCCCGAGGAAGACCAGAAACUCGACUUUCCUAGUACGGUCAAGCUCUGCCGAAGCCUCCAGAUCAACAGCACGGAAGAUGCGCUGCGUGCCCAGUUCAACAAGGCUGGCGAACAGUCGGGCUACUUGCGUUACGGCCAGUUCUUGACUUUCGUCCGCGACCAUGCUGAGUUGUACUGGGCCGAGUUCGAACGAUUCCUGCAGGAGAAGCAGGGUGUUGACGUGGCUGCCGAUCAGGACUAUUGGCAGAACGUUUUCAAGAAGUUCUCCGGAAAGCCGAGGAACAGCUCCGCAUCCUCGCUCAGCGGCGAUGCAUGCAUAGGAAGCAUGAAUUUUCAGGCAUUCCAGGCAUUCAUGACGUCCUCAGCAAACCACGUCCUUGCCGCGCCGAGAUCGGAGCCAAGGCUCGAUCAGCCACUCAACGAGUACUUUAUCUCGAGUUCGCACAACACCUACCUCCUUGGACGCCAGGUUGCAGGCCAUUCCAGCACUGAAGCCUACAUUGUCGCGCUGCAGAAAGGAUGCCGGUGCAUAGAGAUCGAUUGCUGGGAUGGCAGCGAUGGUCGCCCGAUCGUUGUCCAUGGUCGGACCCUGACCACCCAUGUUCUGUUCUCCGAUUGCAUCUCGGUUAUCCAAAAGUACGCCUUCGUAUCUUCACCGUACCCGCUCAUCAUCUCUUUGGAAGUUCACUGCAACCCCGAUCAGCAAGCCGCUAUGACCGAGAUCAUGAAGAAAACAUUUGGCGACCAGCUUCUUCUGGAGCCUCUUGACGAUUCGCAAAUUCUUCCGUCGCCGGAGGAGCUCAAGCACAAGAUCUUGAUCAAAGUCAAAGCCUCGGAAGACGCUGACGAUAAGGCCGGCACGAGCGAUGCGCCGAGCUCACGCAGCAGAACGCGCAGCUUCAGCUCUCCAUUCUCUAAGCCCAUCAGCAUCGACAACAGUCCUAUUCCCGACUCUCCUCUGCUCUCUAGUCCUCCCUCCAUUAGCCCCCCGGAACGCGCUACCCCCUUUUGGCAAACGCCGCGUACUUCUGUAACGUCAGCGGGAGCUAGCCUGCAUAGCUCGGCAGAGGACAGUGACAGUCCGCCUGCGACCUUUGCGGACAAGAAGAGGAAGAAGAAGACCAGCAAGAUUGUCAAGGUUCUCGGCGACCUCGGCGUGUACACACGGGGUAUCAAGUAUUCCGACUUCAGAUCCGCGGAAGCUAGGACGUACAACCACAUCUACUCGUUUGCCGAGCGCACCUUCGACAACCUUUGCAACAAGGAAUCUGCGUCUAAGUUGCUGCUCGAGGAACACAACCUGCACCACCUUAUGCGCGUCUACCCGUCAGGCUAUCGGAUCAAUUCGUCCAACUUUGACCCGAUCAAGUUUUGGCGUCGAGGAGUGCAGAUGGCGGCAUUGAACUGGCAGACGUACGACCUGGGUCAGCAAAUCAACGAUGCCAUGUUUGCCGCCGGCCACGACAGAACUGGAUAUGUCCUCAAGCCACAAGAGCUCCGUGAGCCAAGGAAACGUGAGCUUGUCAACGGCGACUACAAACGCGCCAAGCAGCAGAAGAAGCUCGUCAAGUUCUCGGUCCAUAUCAUCUCUGCGCAACAGCUGCCACGUCCCAGCGGCAUGAAGUCGGACGCCUCGAUCAACCCGUAUGUUGAGUUCGAGAUGUACAGCGCCAACGACAAGUCUCGGGGGGCCGCAAUAGGCGAAGGUGGAAUGGACGCGUCAGCGCGGAAUGGCGUCUCCGGUAUUGGCGUCCCACUUCGCAAGCGCACACCUAUCAUCGAGGGCAACGGCUACGACCCGAAUUUUAAUGCCCUGCUGUCCAUGAGUCUUGAAACACGCUUCCCGGACCUUGUAUUCGUGCGUUGGACCGUUUGGAACUCGGCCGAUAACAAGACUGUCAGCUCGAGCAACGUGCCUCUCGCUACUUUCACCGCCAAGCUCAGCAGCUUGCAGCAGGGCUACCGGCAUCUUCCUUUGUACAACGCCAACGGCGACCAGUUCAUGUUUUCAACUCUUUUCUGCAACAUCGAGAAGGCUGAAAACGUGGACAUCGAGCAGAACAUGCAGAUGCAGCACCAUUUCGCCACUGCCGCUGCAAACGCGUGCCAAUCGGAACCGUCGAGCCCUCCACUGGAGGCCACACGGACCAGCAAAAGGGAUUUGUUCCAACGCGUUUUCUCUCGCACGCCGUCCAAUAAACGCAAAGACAAAGAAUUCCGCGAGCGCGACAACGAGCGCGACACGAUCAGCACGAUCAGCCGCAGCUCAACCAUGGAUUCGCUGAAGUAA